UCCCCCUCCCCCUCCUAGUAGAUGUCGCAGCCGCGCCCUGUCGUCCAGCAGCCAGAGCCGGCGACGGGCAGCGAGGGGACGCUGCUGUGCUGGGUGAGAACAAAAAGAUGAGUGGCUGGCGGAUCUAGGGGGUAAUCCAUCCCCUGCUGAGGCCUGGGAGGCCAACCCCAUCCGACUCCCUACGACCGCACCGCACGAGACCCCGGGCGAGAGCCAGUGCGCUGGUGCGGGGGCGGCCGGCGACCAGCGACUUGGCUGGGGAGAGGGAGGCGCGGGUGCGGGGCUGCCGUGCCGAGGCAGCGAGGGGAGGGAGUGUGGGUGCGCCGCCGUCCGGCGCGACGCGCUGCUGGCCCCACCCGCUAGCGCAAGCGCGCAGCGAGGCCGGCAGCCAGCAACCGCAAGCAACUUCACACCGCGGCAGGCGGCACAGUUCGCACUGCAAUUCGCAGGCGCGGUUGCACGAGGCAGCAAGCUAGCAAGUGCAAGCAUUUCAAUGACAAGUGUUUCAAAUUCUAUUUCCAUUGGUCUUCCUAGCUAUGGGCUAUUUGCAGAGACAAGGUUUAUAUCGCAGAGCUAUAGGAACUUCCCACGGAGAUCCUCUUAUAAAUAUCUUAGAAUCCGUGCAGUGCAAGGAAAUGAUGGGCGUCGAAGUCUUGUUGACAUCAUCCGAAUCAUCCCAGAACUGUCAAGAAACUAUUUCAGAAGCCGGUCAAGAAGAACCCUUUUUGGUGGCAUCUCUCUUCUAGGUGGCUUUUAUGUCGCUCAGACAAUCUCUCUGUCCUUUGGUGUACUGGCUGUGAAUGAUGUUAUAGCCGCAGUUGUUUGCGUCCUGCUGACAGAGUAUGUGACUAAGUUCUAUUACAGCCGGCCAAAGGUUACAUUUCCCAUUGCGCUCCUCAACAAUUUCAAGAUGGGUUUCACAUAUGGUCUGUUUAUCGAUGCCUUCAAGCUUGCUAGCUGAGCUGCAUUACCUCCUGCUUGGCUGCUUCUCACACCCUUGAUCACCGCACACAUGGCAGUUAUAUGGUAUAUAGUAUAGUUUUAUUUGCCGGGACCUUUAUCUUUCUUCCUUGGUCUGGUUCUUCUAUGUGAAGAUUGACCCCACUACUGGUAGUCUCGUCAGGACUGCUGGGACAGAUGGCACAUGGAAUCCAUGUUUUGUUUCUGCUCUUUGUUAAUCAAUGUAUCACGUACACUUACCUUUGUUACUGCUCUUUGCCCGGAAGUCGAUUCAAUGAAUUAGUGUAUCUGUUGUGUAGUUACUCCACGUUCUGAAUUUCUUUGAACUAUUCUCUUUA